GCCCGUUCGCGCGUCAAUUCAGUCUCAGUUACUAAACCGAUUUCAAGAACUGCGGACGCUUCGCUCGGCCCUUGCUAAGUGGCGUGUGCUACAAUUAAGUAACGGGCAGAGACAUUUCACAACAACAAAAAAAAAUAGGAAAAUAGAAUACAACAAGAAAUACAAAACCAAAAACCAUCAAAAUCCCAAUAAAACCACAUUAAACAAGAAAAUAAUAAAUAGACAUCCGAGCACAUAUACCCACGCAAAAAUAAAACAAUAGCAUACUAGUUGGUACAACUGGGGUAUUUUAUACAUAACUCGCUAAAUCCUUCGUUUAAUACAACGACCACCAGGAGGAAACAACCAAAAACUACAGUAAACCGGAAACACGAAAUAACCAUCAGCAAACUGCACCGAAGCUGUCCAGACAUUUGAUUAAAGUGCAAGCCCAAACGUUCCGCUGAUUAAUGGAAAUGUUUUAAGAAAGCGUGCUCGGGUUGCCAAAUCAAAGAGAAUCGACAGAUGCACCACCAAAUAAGAGGAAAAACAACCAAAAACCGUGGCCAAAUAAAAGUCGUCAAGGAAUAAAGACACAUAAAUACACACAAAUGUACAUAAUUUAAUAUUCGGAUAUGCCUUGUAAAUACGACAUAAAUAUUUAGGAUCUAGGCAACUACGCUUAAUACGACAACUGAACAGGCAGGAGGGAACACAUCUUUUCGAAUAACAAGCAAACACGACUCUCACUCCACUCGGUAAACUUCCACAAUUACAGAUAAUCGCCACACAGUGAAACACUAAAACUCUACCCAAACAGAAACAACUCCCCCCACCAAAAACCUUAAACCAAGUAAAACAAUUUAUAUUAUACAUGUAAAAGACGAAACCUAAACCACAAAAACAAGAAAAAACAAAAAAAAAAAAAUAAAACAAAACAAAACGAACGCAUAAAGGGCGCAAAAGCCCACUUUUCCAAAUUGCCGUCAAUGUGUUGAUGAACAACAUAAGCCGUCUUUGAACGCUCCUCAUCAGUAGGGUAUCGCCAUAAACUGCACUCCCCCAACAACAGGCAGCGAUCCGGAUACAGAUCAGCUAACAUUUAACCGGAUUCCGAGCCGGAAUCCGUGAAACGAACGUCAGAAGGGUUAAGAAAUACGAAUACCGAAGGUUUCGGCCGCAGGGUCAAGAUGCAUAUUGAAAUCCAGGUCGCCUUGAACUUCGUCAUAUCCUAUCUCUACAACAAGUUGCCGCGCAGACGUGUAAACAUAUUCGGCGAGGAGCUAGAGAAGGCCCUACGCGACAAGUUCCAGGAUCACUGGUACCCAGAAAAACCCUUUAAGGGAUCUGCCUAUCGCUGCUUGAAGACCGGGGAUCCCAUUGACUCGGUUUUGGAAAGGGCGGCUAGGGAAAGUGGGGUCCCAAUCGGCGAUAUCCUAGAAAACUUACCAAGCGAACUUUCCGUGUGGAUAGAUCCUGGGGAGGUCUCUUUCCGCAUUGGUGAAAAAGGAGCGGUAAAGAUUCUUUACACGGAGAACAAUGAAAAUCAUGAGGACAGUCACUCUGCAGAUCGCGAAGUCACCAAAAUGUUCAACCCGGAGGCGCAGUGCUUCCGACCCAUCGACGCCGUUAACACCACUAUGAACAAUAUGAGCCUGAGUCCCAAGGGGCAACACCAAGCAGGAUCCUCGCCGCACUCGGCCGCGUCCAGUUCGCCCACGUACAAGGGCAGUCCGAACCGCACGAUCUCUGGCAGCUGCAGUUCCGUUUCCGCAGCGGGAUCUGGGACGGGCUCUGCUUCUAGAUCAGGAUCCAAUCAUGCACCCGGUCCAGGUGCCGCUCCAGGUCCCGUACCCGGAAGCGGAGCCACCGCCAAUGCAGCUGCAGCGGCAUUCAUGCAGCGCGGCGCCCAGGCGCCAUUAACAUUCACCACGGCCACCUUUGCGCAGACUAAAUUCGGCAGCACCAAGCUGAAGACCAGCUCCAAGCGCACAAACAGCAGCAGCGCCUAUCGCAUGUCGCCCACUGAGUUCUCCAACUACAUCAAACAGCGUGCAAUGCAGCAGCAGAUGCAUCAUGGCCAUGGAGUUGUCCCGUCCGCAGGAUCAUCGGUAACGGCAGCAUAUGGCGGCCUGGACGCCGUAUCGCCUGCCCGUUCCCUGUCGCCCAAUCCCCUAUCGCUGGCCGGAAAUCAGAAUCAGCCCGUAUCGGGAUCGUCGGCCGAUUCGUAUUACUAUCCAAACAUGGCGAUCAAUAUGUAUCCACAGUAUGGCACUCCACGCUGCCUCUUUGAGUCGCACUUCUCGGCGGAUGUUAGUAGCAUGGGCCUGUACGUGAGCGGAACUGCUGGUGCUGCAGUCGCCGCAGUCGGAAGUGUUGGCGCCAACAAGUAUAGUACUUUUCUGGAGCCGUGCUACUAUGGCAGUGGUCAUGCCAACAACACCCAACAGCAUCCGCAGCAACAGAAUCGCGGCGGAAUGGAUCGUCCAAAUAGUAGCGAAAGCUGCUUUGGCCUCAAUGUGGAUUGCGGCAGUGUUGUGCUCGAGGAUUCAUCAUCAUCGUCAUCUGCAGCAGCUGCUGCUGUGGCCGUUACCAUUGCCGGGGACUCAUCGGCGGAGAACAGUCCUCUAAGUACACCCACCGUGGCAGCCAUAAAUGUAGGAAAAGCCACCAGUCCUCCUUCCAAUUCCACCAGCAGCAGUAGUAGCCAUCCAACUCAACAAGUGGAACAGCCGUCCUCCUCAUCGGGAAACGGAAACGGAAAUGCAAACGCCAAUGCGAACGGAAACAACGGUAACAAUUCCAACAGCAAUACCAAACUGAUCGAUGGCAUAAGCGCCUUCUAUGGCACCGGAUCAUCGUAUCAGCAACUAUUGGUUGCCAACUAGAGUUUCCUCGGAGUCAAUCACCGCAAAGAGAAUCCACCAUAGUUAUACAUAUAAAAAUACCAACCAAAAAAAGGAAUAUUUCAUUCGUGGCAUUGUUAUUUAUGGAUUGCAUUUCUGUCUUACUGGUCACAACUCAAUGAGCAAUACGAAUUGUUAUGCAGUUUUCAGAUUUCGUGUAACUUUCCCGAUAGGAACCGAAGCAAAGUAAACGAGCUACUUGGUGGAGUGGUUGAUGUAGAUAUCAUCGUUACCAUUAUAGGCAAGUUUUUAUGAGGAAAGAUAACAUUAGAAUUCAAGGACAAACAUUAGUUGCCGUCUUGGAAAGUUAUGUAAUAAUGUUCUUGCGGAUGCGAGCAAGUUGGUUGGAUGCAUAUCUGCGGAGGAAAGAUUCGAUACGAUGUUGACACGCCCACGAUCCGGCACACAAGGAAGGCACAUAACCACCAGAUGUACAUGCAUAUGCUGUGUGUGAGAAGCUGUAUGCAGAUGUAUAUACAGAUGCAUAUAUAUAUAUAUGGAUAGGGCCAAUAAGUACCAUGUGUGUGUUAGGCCCAUUAAUGUAGAUAUGUACGAGUUGUAUAUACAUAUAUAUAUCAGCCACUAAUAAUAUUUAUUUUGUUACCAAAUCCGGUGUAAAUCGCAAAGUGAAGUUUCCUUCUGGUAUCAAGCGCAUGCAUAGAAAAUUUAACUCAAAGUAUUGAGUGUAGCCAUAGGCAUGUACGAUCGAUACACUCUAAUCAAAAACACACAAACAAAUAAUGAAGAUUUACCGAAGCAAACCAAUAAGCAACAAUAAAUAAUACCACAAACAUAAAUAAAUGUAAAGAGAACAAAUAUAAAUGUCUCAACUAAUUGUUUUUACUUGUUAUGCAUAUGAACGUAUAUAUAAAAAUAUGUUUAAUUAUCCAACUUAGGAUCAACUUUUACAUUAAGUUUUUAAUUAGUUGUAAACUAGAAUAAGAUCAUUUUUGUAGAUCAAGUUGCAAAAUCGAAAAACAACAUGUAUAUAUGUUUAUCGAUAAAAGUCAACAUUGUUGAUUAUAAAUAGAGGUGCAACUUGCAAACCCUGAGCAUCCUGACCUGUGAGGAAAGCUUUUCUGGAGUAAAAGUCCUUCUUCCCAUUCUUUGUAUUUUUCUAAAAUUUUACUCUAGUUUUGUAUAUAUCUGCAGCUAGCUUGCAAAAUAGUUAACGAAAUGUAUUCAGUUUCAAAACUAUACGAAAUAUACACACAAAUCUAUACAUUUUCAUACUACAAAUGAAAGAUUUCGUAAAAAUUAGUACAGGUAUCGUUCUGGUGAGUAAGCUUUUGCUUAAAUUUAUAUUUUUUUGAAUUUGUUAGACAACUUUUUGGUUGCAAUUGAAAGCAUACAACCAACAUAUUGCUCAAACCAUUAGAUAUAACAAAAACUACUUUGAAACUUUCUUAGUUAUAUUAACUAAACACAAUAUUUCGAAAAUUCAAAGAUUAGGAAAAAGGACCUUUUUUUGAACACCUGAAAAAAACUUUCUAAGAAACCGUAGAAAAACGAACUCGAGCAUCUUUUACAUUUUCUAUUUUUCCGAUGCAAAAAUCUCUAAUUGUUUUCUUAUAAACUAAAUGUUGUUUUGCCCUAACCCUUUUAAUCAUUCGACUUCAUCGAAAUAAAAUCCUAUGCCAGAUAGAAUGUACUAUAAUAGGAUAUCGUAUGAUUUUAUUGAUAGUGCCAAGGUCGUCGGGUCACUGCUAAACUUUUUUACCCCCAAAUACAAGUUAUUCAAGCUAUGGAAGCUUUUACAUAUAAAAACACCUGAACAAAUGAUAAAACAAAAAAAAACAUUUAUAUUUUUGUUGUAUGUUAAAUUGUAUGUAUUACCAUUUGACUUCGUAUUUUUUUGUAUAUAUAUAUCUAUUUUUAUAUGAACAUUUGUAAUUUUUAUAAAUCGAGUACAGUAAAAAAUUUUAUACUUUUUAUAUGGGCCUAUGUGAAAAUACCUUGCUCUAUAUGAAUACUUACUUUAAUUAAACGGGAAAAUAAAAAGCAAAAAACCAAAAGACGAUUUAAGUUGAUCUUUAUUAAGUUCCAAAUGAAACACGAAAUGUUAAUGUAAAUAUGUCAUUAAAUGUAUUAUUUCACUUCUCGAUAUAUGUUGUUAUAUAUAGUAAAUCCAAAGGUAUGAAAGUACUUUUAAGACAUGGAAGUGAAAGAGAAGAAGGGAUAAACACAAAAAAAUUGAGUAAGCAACUGAAUUCAUUCUCUAGUUAUCUUGUUAAGGAACAUUUGUAAUUUGUGUGAACGUUCUGAUUUUGUUUUAAUUAAUUGCCUAGUCGAAAAAGCAAACACAAAGUGGAAGAUUAAACAAAAGCGAAGAGGAUUUUCAGCUUUUUGGAGAAUAUAUUCGAAUAUGUACCUACACAUCCCACUGAUGUGUGUAUCUAAACCUACCACUGAAAACAGAAAUUUAAUGAAACAUUUAAGUACCUUAACGAAGCUUCUAAUUAUAGCUACUGUGACCACGAACAAGAGUCAAAUCAAAGCCAAGCCAAACCAAAAUACCCCACUAAAUGCUAUAUCACUCGCACUUCAAACUAAGAGGUGCGAAUUAUAGAUUGCAUUGGGUCUAUAGCUUUUGUAUUCUGAUCAUAGUAGCGCAUAAGUACCUACAGACAAACAAACAUACUUACAUACAUACAUACACCAUUUGACACUUGCACACAUUAAGAAUUAGGCACGUUUUUUUCUUAGACGUAUUAGAGUGUAUUUGAAUUAAACCAGAAACAUUCAACAGAAAAGGAAAAAAAGAAAAUAAAAAAAAUAAAAAAUUUUGUACUUUUAUAUAUAUGAUGAGUAUAUACAUAUAUAUACAUAUAUUCGUAUACAUGUAUACAUAUGAAUGCCUCUAAAUGGUUCAACUCAACGGAUUCUCAAUGUAUUUUUUGUAUGUCUCAGAAUGGUGUGUCUCUGAAUGAAACCAAGUAACGAAGAAAUAUUCAUAGUGUUAGAAAUUGUCUCACAUGCCAUUCUCUAUAAGUAAGAAUAUGGCACAAGUAAAAGCCCCAAAAUGUAUGCAAUCUGCCAAUCUAUCCUUACCUGAAUCUGAAUCGUAGAGCGAUAUGGAAUGGAUAUGGUUAUAGAUAUGGAUAUGAAAUUGGAAAUGAAGAGUAUUGGACGAGAAUACGGGAUGGCUGGCUUAUAAAAAAAACUAUUCUAUUGUGAUUGUGAUAACAAUGUAAGGCACAGAUAAGGAACGCGAUACAGAGAUGUGAAAAACCGCUGUAGAAAUGGCAAAAUAUUCAUAUGUAUAUGUAUAUAGAUGGGGAAAUUUAGAUAAAGUAUCCGCCUAAUCAUCAAUGUCCACCAACUUAAAAUUUUAACUCGAUCGAGAUGAAAUUGUAUCCGACCGAUCUAAUAAGCAAAUAAUGAACCAUUAUGGUAGACACACAAAUAUACAAAAGCGAAAACAAAAAAAGAAACCAACCAAACCAAAACAUAUUUUACAAUAUGAAAUGAAUAAAAUCCACACCAAGCAACAUUUUAAUACACACUUCAAGAAGUAAACAAAAAGUCAAGAGAUCAAGCCAGAUGUAAAAACAACUCACUAACUAAAGUAAAGUGCGACAUUGGUAUAUGUAUUUAGCUACAAGGAGGACAACCAAAAAAUUAGAUAUAAUACAGCUUUUUAUACCUCAGAUAUGUUUCUAUAUGUAUGUAAAUGUACGAAGAGAAAUCUCUCACGCAAUGCAAAGUAACAAAAACAAAAAGGAAAAUAGGAAAAUCAACUAUAUAUAAGCCCACUUAUCUUCGAUAAGGUUCAUAAGUACAGAUAUUUUGAUAGGUAGUUAGAUGAAAACUCAUUUACGAAUGUAACUUUUAUAUAUUUUUUUAGGUAACUUGUUUUAUUGAUACGCGAUUUCCAACAUAAAUCUAAAUGUGCAUUACCAGCCAGACUCUUGAAUAGAAUUUCCGAAAAUUGGUUAGUGGUCACAGCUCUGGAUGUUAGCGGAAAUACAAAUAGUAUAUUAUGAAAUAUAUGAUAUAUGCCAUAAGUAUAUCAUAAUACAACUGAAAAAGUAUCAACGUAUAAGCAACUGUACUUUCUAUCAUAAGUGUUAUAUUCUUUCCACGUUAUCGGGCUUAAAAAAGUUUAUAUGAUAAAAGAUAUUUUCUCAUGUGUGUCUAGAUUUUACAUAUGGUAUAUUCCCAACUAAACACCAAAAAUGGAUAUGAACUUUUAUGUGAUCUGAGUUCUACUGUUCUCUUCUGUUAAACAAGGCAUAUGUUUAUAUGUAUGUAUAUUGAAAAAAAGAACAACGGGAAAAUUAUAAUUAAAGGCUGAGAAGUCAUACAUACAUACAUUCGCUGCAUAUGUACGUAUUAUGUUUUAAACUUCAACUCGAAUAGAUUUUGGUACCGAUUGAUAUAUGUAUGUACAUAUAUGGCUUUCGUUGAACAGAAAAAUCCGAAAGAGAAAGUAAUUAAAUUAAUGCAUAUCAGUGAUUACAAUAACGAUGUACAUACAUGCAAAACAAUAACAAAAUAAUGUAUAUGUGUGACCUCAUUAGCACACAAUAAUCGUGUAUGUAUAUCUAUUCUUAGUACCGAAAUAUUCAAUCAAUUUAAAACCCCUUACGUGUAUGAAAAUAAACAUAGAGGUUAAUAAUAUAAAAUGUAUGUACUAUGUAUAGUAACAAAUAUAACUUCCAUAUGAGUAUUUUUCGUAUUACCUUUAGUAGAAUAAAGAUUAUCGUAUAAUUAAAACGCAUUGUUUAUAAAAACAAACCCAAUAACAGUGAUCUGCUUCGAUCACCGACUUAAACAAUUGGAUAUUGUUCAAAAAGCAAAAAAAAAAAAAAAACAAAAAAAAAGAGUUCGAUGUUUUCUCCGCACUGUUGCAUACUUAUUCAGUAUUCUGAGAACAGAUGUCCUUUUACAAGAUUAGUACUCACGGCAAAAUAAAAGCUCAAAAACUGUACCUACGGGUACGUACCAAGGUAAAUUAGUUGAGUACUUUUUACCUUACCUAUGUAAAUAAAUAAAUGAAUACAUUUUACCCUUCCUA